GGUUACUUUUUUUGUCCUAAGAUGUAAAUUGCAGCUUUUCUGGGCUCAGCUGAGAGAAGGCAGUGAAUAAAUCCUGAAUUGUCUGACUCAGCUGCUGUAGGAUUACCAUAAGGAGCCAAUGCUAAAGACCUUCUGGAGGCUCUCUACAGCUCCAGGAUAGAGAUGAGUUCUGCAGCCUUGUCCUGGCUUUGAUGUACAAAUCUGAGUGAGUCGGAGCCACCUGGAGGUUGCACUUGGUUUCUCAGCGUCUGCACUAAGUGAAUUUUUCUGAGGUGGCUUUGCCUGUUGUGCAGAAGGUGAAGGGGCGAGCAUGAUUGUCUUAAAAAAAAAUCUGUGGUGAUGUUUGAGUUGUUGAACACAGCCCGGGCUGUUCUUCAAUCAGCCAGGAGCCUGGACCCACAGAGGAGCAGCAAUGUCAGCAGCAAUGAUGCCUCUGGGAUGGUACCCACUCCCCAUUCCUGAACUGGUUUGCCACAGUCUGCUUCUGGGGCCUCCUUUUAGAGGACUCAGGAUGGUGACUAUGGCUUCAUUCUCCGUAUGACUGCUUCUACUCCUUUUCCUGGGUCCUUUGUCCUAUGCUCUGUUAACAGCAAAUGAAAGAGGAUUUGAACUCGUCUCUGUAGGGCAGAUAAUUUCAGAUGCCCAUCCCCAUCACCUCAGUUGUUUGCUGCAGCAAGUAGCCCUGCACACACUUCUCUGCCUUUGGCUGGUGUCACACCGUGGUCGGUCUCUGGGAAUUGUACUUCACUCUGUGUGUGUGAUGGCCAAACUCCAUUUCCCCUCCUCAAGGAGGACCUGUUAACAAGGCACUUAGUUUUAGCAUUGGCACAUCCUCAGCUGGAUGAUCACUGAUGAUGGCAACAACUGGCAUCUUUGUCUUGGGGCUGGCAUUGAGUGUGCUGCAGGCCUCCUUUGAGGGCAUUAGUCUUGAAAAAUCUCACUUGAUAUGGAGCCAUGUUUGGCCAAGAAGGGCUUGGUACUGCCCCAGCUCUCUGCAGGGCUCAUCCCAAGGAAGGAAAGUGAGGGAAGGAGGUGGGAUCUUGGCUUGGAGCACAGAAGUCCAAAAAUUACAGAGCAUGGAAAUGAAAUGGGAGACCAAGUCAUAAGAGGUCUCUUUGUAGCCAUGCAGAGGGGUUUGCUGGCAGCCUGGUGUGAAGCUCCCUGGGGCAGGUGAUUCCCAUGGCUAUUCUUGGUGCUCUCUUCCCCUUGGUGGGGGUUUGCCUCCUCAAGCUGGUGCUGAGCGGCUUCCACAGGUAAUGAGUGGGGCUGGAGUUCACAUCAAGCCAAUCUUGAGCUGACAGCUCCGGCUAAGGAAACAUCUCUACUAUUCUUACCUUUGGAGAGCCUUGAAAAGAGCUUGUGGUGUCCCGGAACUGUGCUUGGCUGCCUGGGCUAUGUCAGUUGGGUGAUGGUGGCAGGAAAACCAGCUGUCCUGUGAGGGAGUGGCUGUUUGACUUCUUGGAGUUCCUCAGCUCUUCGUGCAAGUGACUCUUCUCCUGCACCUGGUCCUUUCCUUUUCUGGUCCUGCUCAAUUCUCUGUAGUUAUAAUAUUUUAUUCCUUCCUAGACCUACUAAGCAUUUACAGUCUUUGUGAGAAGAUCUAAUCAGGAGAUGCUUGCAGAUGCCCUUUCAGGAUAAAAUACCAUUUUAAAAAAAAUUACUGCUAUCAUUUUUUUAUUCUGAGGCUUUACCAAGCAGGAGUGGCAGCCAGGAGGAACUCAAGCUGGUUUUGAAGGAGCAAAGUUUGUGCAUGUCCAUCCCCUGUGUCCUUGAGACUGCAGGACAGAGCGCAGCAGCUUAGCUCUUACCUGUACUGUCUAUUACAACACUUCAUUAAAAAAACAGCUGCCCAUCUGUGAGGCAAAGCCUUUGGAUGGGACCAAAUCUGUUUGCCUACAUGAGAUGUGAUUGUGCACAAAAAGCCUUAUGCUUUCUCCUGCUUUUAGCGUGCCUGGUGCACCAUCCCAUUCACAGCACCCUGCUACUUGGGGACUGACCCCUGCCAUGGCCUUGCCGCUCCUCCAAAACAUCAGUAUGCUUGAGGCACAAGCCUUCACAGUCGGAGGCUUUGCUUGCUGGAGUGAGCAGCUGGAGCUGUGUCCUGUUUCCCAGCUAUGAGAUCUGGAAUUAUUACUGGAAGUAUUACUCAGGACACACAGGAAGCUCCUGGAAUCUUUGACAAUACAGGAGGAUGCACAUUGGGAAUGUGGGUCGUUAUUGGAAGCAAGUGGGGAUUUUUUUGAAAUCCCUUCAUCUUGCAGGCUCUGGUGACUGUGUUAGUUUCCUGGAGCCAUUCUGAUGCCAGCAGGCUGCCUGUCCUGUGCUCGGGCUGUGGAGGGGUUUGGUCUGGGACUGCAAAUGGGGCCUGCAGGGAAGUCCUGUUAUGGGGACGCUGAGUCCCAGGAACUGAGACAAACUGAAACCACUGCUGUGAUCCUGCUGGUGGGAGCAGGCGCUGCAGUGCUCGUGGGAGUGGGCACACACUCUGUGGUUGCUGCAUUCCUCAGUGCUUGGAGCUGAAAGGACAGGGAAAAGCAUUAUUUAAACCAUUCCCAGGAAACUUCUUUAACCUUGUGAAGUGGAAUAUGAAUUAAUAUUUUUUUUAAUUCCAAUUUACGGCCUUAUCUCUCUGCAAUCCUGGGCUUAUCACGUCUUUCCAGAGUUCCUGAUGUUAUGUUCGAGGUUUGUGUGGCAGCCUGGGGCUGGCACUGCUCCAGGAAUGUGCUCCUUGUUUUUCCUCUUCUUUCUUUGCAUGAGUGUGAUUGCACCAAACUCUUUAGUAUUUCAAUGUGUUUUGUGCAGAUUUUUUUCCCUGGUUAAAUUCCACCUCAGUCAUCCUCAGCCCCUCAAUUUUAAGGGGAGCAAAGAGGUCACCCACCUAAGUCAUCCACUAAGUGUCUUUGCAAGAAAAGAUAAAUAUAAGCUUGUUAAAAUGGAAAACAGAAGUUAGCAACACACACUCGGUUAUGGCCAAGUGCUGUGAGAAGAAUUUGUUAUUUUCAAUAGCUUGCACUUAACAGAAAAUAGCUGACAUCUCCUCUCUGCUGACGAGCAGCAGCGUGGAUACAGCCAUUGGUGUUCCAAAGCUUUGCUAACCCAUUUGCUGGCAAAACAGAUCAAACACAGUAUGCUCUUGAACAUUAAGAAUGCUGAUGGCUGACUCUUGAUCACUUAGGGUCUUGCAAGAUGUUAUGUAUUUUUUCUUCCUUGCCAGACAAAUCCUCCAGAGCUGUCUCUGGUCUUCUUCCCAGGCUCAUCUCCAUGUGUGUUUUUGUGCUGCUUUCCUCUUCCAGCCCUUCCAACCUGCUCUCCUCCUCUUGUCCCCUCCCAAAAGUGGCAGCCCAUGUCCCCCACCUUUGGGUGAAGCUCCUCCACAUUCCUGCACCAAUGGCAGCCUCUCCCCACUCCCUGAAGCUGCCAGUGAGCCACCUGGGUCUAAGUGCCCUUCUCAGUCCUCUCUGCCCUUUUCCUAUUGUGUGCCUGUCCUUGUGAAGAGUUUUGGUGGUCUUGGACACUGCUCCCCUUGUGUUCCCUCUGAGCUGUCCCUUGGACCCUCCAUGCCAGUUCCUUGUUCUACCUGCACUUUGUAGUUGCUCUCUCCAUAGACAUGCUCAACUUGCUCUGUUCCCAGCACUGCUGGGCUCUGCUGCUGCUCUUGGUUUUCCCUUUUAUACCUUGUUUAUGGGUGAUUCCUCUGCAGCUGCUGAUGCUCUUGAUGAUCUCAGUGAUUUCUUUUUUUGUGCUUGCUUGUGGUUUGACAUUGCAGCUGCAAGGGAAGAACAGAGCUGGUUCUGCAGUUCCCAGCCUGAGCCAUGGCAUGGGGUGCUGGUGUGGCUGUUACGUUGCACCUUAAAUCAAAUAGACGAACUGAUGUUGUUUUGACCCAAAACCAGCAAACAACAAACCAGAUGUUUUCCAAACACAGGGUUUUCUAAGUGGGAUCCAUUUGCAAGCACACUCUUGGCAGUGCCUUGCCAUGCUCUGGUGAUGGGAAACCAGCAGGAACUUGUGCCAUGGGGAAAGGUGGUGUGCUCUGUUCCCAGCUCCUUGUUGGUCAGUGCGAACAGUUGUGAUGGUGGUACUGUGGGGUGGGUGAGCACAUCUGCCUGAAAACUGACCUAUGACACAAAAGAAGGCCUCCACCCAGAUCAGCUUUCCAAACCAGCCUGUCUGUGGUAGCCUGACUGUCAGCCCUACAUGAGAAUGCAUGGAGGUCAGCGUUGCGUAGUAGAUAUUGUGGCAGGGGAAUUGCACCUUUUCAGAGACAGUUCACAUUUAUUUUGUGUUGAAUUGACUUUGUACCUAUCAAUUUUGAAUCCUCAGAGCGUUGAGGAACAGCCUGCUUUUUAUGGGUGCAUGCCAGACUGCUCAGAAUUGAUUGCUGUCAAUCAAACCCACAUUUUUCCUAGCAGGGAGGUGCAAUGUGCAACUAAACCCUCACCUAGACUUGCCUGGUGAUAGGAGACAUGCUGACCUUCCUCAGAAAGCCAGGGCAGAGCCGAAGACUGGGCUGCCCUGCCAGGAACUGCCUCCUCUCCCAUAACCAUGCCAGCAGGGCUGGGCACAGGAGCCCGGGCUGCCGUUUCGGGUACUGCAGUGCUGCUACCAUCACUCCUGACCUUUCUGAGGACCUGCAGGCUGGCAGCAGAGGGUGUGAGAGGGAUGAAGUGGGAUCUCCCUUCUCCUGCUUCUGCUGUGGGAAUAGCUUCUUCUGUCAUGCCCUCGCUGCAGAGCAGCUGGAGGUUGUCAGAGUGAGCCCCUGGGCAGGAGCAGGUUUCAAGGGGGACCUAGGACCUGUCCUCUUCAUAUGGCUUUUAUUAAUAACAAAAUUAACUUGGGUUAACUAGGGCCUCCUUCCUGCAGCCUCCACCAACACAGGGUGGAGGCCAGGCCUUGAGGGGUGAGAGCAGGAGCUGAGGGGCACAUGUUGUUUUUCAGCAUGCUGAGCAUGUCACUGGGUUCAGGAUUGCUUUAGUGGCAGCAUCUCUCCUUUGUGGAGGGAAACCUUGUUGGGGUUUGCACUCCAUUCUUCCAUUUACCUGGGCUAUCCAAAAUGGUUUGGGCUACUACACUGAGGAGGCAUUGGCUUUGCUGAGCCCCUCAGGCCAGCUCUUUAGGGUUGGUAUGUCAGUGAUAAGGUCGAUGUGCCAUGUAUGACAGCUAUGCAGCCCAACACCUCUGCAUCAAAACCACUGUGCUGAUCUGCCUGAAAACCAGGCUUACAGCACUGCCUGCCUUGCUCUCACUGACUGGGCUAGCAUGGGUGCUGGUAAAGAAUUCUGGGGGCUCAAGGGGUUCUUUAGGGCUGCAAAAGGGUUGUGGAUCAGCAGCAGGGCCUGUCCGUUGGGUCACCUUACACCCUUGAAAGCUCUGUCUCAUCAGCCAAGGAGGAGGGGGAAGAGCCUGCAAUGGAGAUGGUCUCAUCCACCAGUCAUUCCUCACAUGUACCUUUUCCACAGCUCGGACUGGGUGGAGAUCAUCGAGCCCCGCUCCCAGGAGCGGAUGUAUGUGAACCUGACCACUGGGGAGUGCAGCUGGGAGCCCCCUCCCAACCUGAAGGUGCGCCAGUCAGACCAGAAGCAGUGGUGGGAGCUCUUCGACCAGAACAACAACCGCUUCUACUACUACAAUGCCAUCACACGGCAGACGGUGUGGCACCGGCCCCAGGGCUGUGACAUUGUGCCCCUGGCACAGCUCCAGGCCAUGAAGGGCAGCUCCCAGCCUGACUGCUGUGGCCGGCAGCACCGAGGCAGCACUGGCAGCGGUGGCAGAAGCACCCCUGUCCAAAUGGCCCUCCUGCAGGAGAUGGAGAAGGGCAAGUGGGAUGGUGCGGUGGAGAAGAGGAAAGAUCCUGCCAGGGAGACUCCUACCCACUGGCAGCCUCUGCCAGGCACAAAAGCAGCCAUGUUGGUCAAAGUGAACAGUUUGAGGCAGAUACAGAGCUUUUCGAACAGUUCACUUCAGCUGCAGGAUGCUCCAAAGUCCAGCAGCCCAAAAUCUCUUCCCAAGCCAGCUAUAUGUGCUCAGCCUCAAUCCACGUCCCAGAGCCCUGGAGCCACAAAGCAAAUGCCUGCUGGAGAAACGAAGCAGUCUAUGCAGAUCAAAAAGACAGAGAGUGGUGGGUUUUGCCUGGUGCUGAUGAAUGGUCCUACUUCUCAAACACCUCCAAGGAGCCGGACAGGAACCCCCCAACCUGCAUCCCCCACGUAUGCCUCUCCUGCGCCUAUAUACGAUGAGCCAUCUUUAGAGUCACCAAUUUAUGACGAGCCACCAGUAGAUAUGGACACUGAAAGCAUUGGUGUGAGUGGGAUGUCUCCACCGAGGUCACCAAGCAAUAGCUUAAAAAAGCAGCUGCAACCAACCAAAUUAUUGCAGCAUCCCAGUAUGCAACAACAACAAGCUGCAAAGAAGCAUGCAAGAAAUCCCUCUUCCACUGAAUACAGCCCAGCUGGCAGAGAAUACAUAAAACAUAUGGUCAAUGUUGACCAAUCUGCCAAACUCUCCCACUCUUCUGCUGCAACAACUGAUGCCUCCACUAAACUGCCUGGUCAGCUUGCUUCAAAGGACAGCUUCAAGCAGUCUUGGAGGAUCUUGGAAGCCAAUUUCCUCAAGAACAUGGAACUCCACCACAGUCGGCAAAACAGCCUGCAGACUCAGGAGUACCCAACCGGUAUAAGCCAUCAGGAUUCUGGUUAUUCAACUGGCCCCUCUCCAAGCUUGAGAAAAAGGAAAGGAAGGAGGCAAGGAACAGGUCAAGCAAGACCGGGCUCUGUGGGCAGCAGCAGUGAGCUCACAGCUCUGAAUGAUAAAGUGAUCGCUGAGAUGCGUGCUGUGGUGGGCAGGUCAGCAGCUUGCAGGGGAAGCAAAGCCAGCCUGGAUGCUGAGAGCCUGGAGAGCAGUGUCCCAGCAGACAGCAGCAAGGUCAGGUUUCAGUCUGACCCCUUGAAAAAAUGCAUCAGCCGGAGCUCCAGGGAUGAUGUCUCAGCCAGCAACAGGUCUCUGUACAGACAGGACCUGGAGAUUAGGGAAGGCUUUCCCAGCAGUGUGGCUGCUCCACAGGACACAAUGAGGCAGAAGAGAACUUUUGAGAAAAUAGAUUCUUUAGAAAAGAACGUGACCAGCCAGACAAGCUUGGCUUCAUCGGGUGCUACACGCCACUCCUCACAGCCCGAGACCAUAGAGUUGGAGCCCAAGCAGGAGGGCAGCAGCCAGCGUGGUGGCUGUGUGGGAUGCCAUUUCCCUUACAGCACUCUACGGAAGCCCAUCUCCCAGAGCAGCAUGGCAGACUGGGCUUCCAAAAACCUGAACAUGCACACGCAGGGCAUCUUCCGCCGAAGGAUCUCCAUCUCCAACAUGCUGUCCUGGAAUGGCGGCUCCAUCAAAAAGCCAAUGCUCAUCACCAGCAACCGCACCAUCAAAAAAGAGGCGUGUGAGAUGUUCAAACUGGUGCAGAGCUACAUGGGAGAUCGUCAGACUCGCAUGGACCGCAAUCACGUGGCAUUGGUCACGGUCACCAAGUGCUGGAGCAUGCAAGGGUUACGGGAUGAGCUCUACAUACAGCUGAUCCGGCAGACAACAGAUAACAUGUGCUACCGAAGCCUGGCAUGGGGCUGGGAACUGAUGGCCAUCAGUCUGGCCUUUUUCUCCCCAUCACCGAAAUUUCAGUCUUACCUGGAAGGUUACAUUUAUCGCCACCUUGACAGUGAUGAAAACAUUGCCCAGCGCAUCAAGGAGCUUGUGGAUCUGAAAAACAAGAAGAUCACAAAAUCCAGGAAAAAGAGGAAACAAAACACAGAGGAUGAAGGUCUGCCCAUUAGCACCUAUGCCAAGUACUGCUACCGGAAACUCCAGAAAGUAGCCGUCACUGGAGGCAAAAAGGGCCUCCGCAAACCAACAGUAGAAGAGAUAACGCAUGCCAGGAAUGCCAUCGUCACGCCAUCGCUCUUUGGCAGCUCUCUGGAGGAAAUCAUGCUGCGGCAGCAGGACAUGUACCCAGGGAACAAGCUGCCCUGGGUGCAGACACAGCUAUCGCAGCAGGUCCUGGCCCUGGGAGGGGAACAGACCGAGGGGAUUUUCAGGAUACCUGGUGACAUAGAUGAAGUCAAUGCAUUGAAAUUGCAGGUGGAUCAGUGGAGAAUCCCAAGCAGUCUCAGUGACCCCAACAUACCAGCCUCUCUCCUCAAGCUCUGGUAUCGGGAGCUGGAGGAGCCUGUGAUCCCCCAGCAGUUCUACAAAGAGUGUAUCAGCAACUAUGAGAACCCCGACGCUGCUGUGGCUGUGGUCCAGCUUUUGCCAGAGCUCAACAGACUGGUGCUGUGUUACCUCAUACACUUUCUGCAGAUCUUUGCUCAGCCAUCAAAUGUGGGCAGAACAAAGAUGGAUGUGAAUAACCUGGCCAUGGUGAUGGCCCCCAACUGCCUGCGCUGCCAGUCCGACGACCCUCGCGUUAUCUUUGAGAACACGCGCAAAGAAAUGUCUUUUCUCCGCAUGCUUAUAGUGCACUUGGACACGAGCUUCAUCAAAGGGCUGGUUUGAGCCACUGGCCCCAGGGUGCAAAAUGCUGCUCUGGGGAGUUGCUAGAUACUUAAGUCUUCUCCCCUCCACAUAGGUUUCUUCCACUGUCCUUGCUGUUGUCAUGGCCUGGGUGAGCCCUUGAGCAGCUCCCAACAUUACCGCAAGGACUGGACAUUUCUGGAAGGCUUGGUUCUGUCACCACCAGGAAAUCCUUGGGCAUGCCAGGUCAGGUUCAGCAGUUCCUGGUCUUCCAGUGUGUGAGGGGCAGUCCUCUUCCUGGGAGCCACAAGAUUGGUUGCUCAGUGAAAGAGCUGUGACAUGUUGUGAGGAACUGCUACAUGGGGCAGUGAGACUCUCCAUUUUCCUUCUGGAGGCAGAGUUGGCUUCAGGUAGGAGAACAUCACUCCUGUGCUGUGGCAUGAGCUGGCCCUAGGGAAGAUGCUGUCUCAUCAGGAAUAAUCCUACUGCUAUGGGGACAGCCUGGUUCACCUCUGCAGAGUGUUGGCUGGAGGUGUGAGGGUUGUUCUGACAUCUCACGAUGCUGUUGGUAGAGGGCUGUGAAGGUGCAGAGGUUCAAGAACUGGAGAGCUGUGCAGCAGCAUGUGGGACCAGCCCUGUGCUGAGUACCCACCCACACCAUGGUGCUGGACACAACAGGAAGGCCACACACCUGACAACAAACAGGUAAACAACCAUUUUGGCAUCCUCUUAAUGAGGGCCAUAUCUUCUGGAGCAGUGGCCCCAGUGGCCUUGCAACUCCUUUUUGCUAUGGACAGCAUGAGCUGACACCAGCUUUUCUGAGUAGCACCUGAGCCCAUGCUCAGAGCAGCCUUCACAGCUCCGGCACUCACCUUCCUGGUACCACAUCCUUCCCAGCCCACUCUGCCAGGAACUAAAUACCAGUUUGGCCCAACCCUUCUGGUUCAGCCCACGUCUAAAGAAAGCCCCCACCAGUCAGAAGUGCUCCUGUGCUCAGAUAUGCCCUUCCAGGCAGAGCAGCAGCAGUGCUGUGUGCUUGAGAAAUGCUGGUACUGCCUGUAGUCAGCUGUGGUAUCUAUGUUCUUCCUUUGAGGUGUUUUCCUUGCUGGAGGCAAGUCUGCUGCAAAAAGAUGUCUUUUGAGAUUACUGAUGCACUGCUAAAUCUGUCAGUAGCAUCCAAGGUUGCAUUUGUGUUUCUGCAUCCCUCUCCCUUUCCACUGGGGACCUGGGAUCAUCCUCUCCGGACUGCAGUGGGGAGCUGAGCCCUGCCAGCAAUGAGGUUUAGAGCCGAUGCCAUAAUCGGUACCAGUGUGGGCAUGAGGUGCCAUGUGCAAAGAGUGCCCCAAGCCUGUUGGCUUGCUUGGGGCUCUGUGUGACAGGGUUCCCAGAGCCUAUGUUCAGAUAAGUUUGGAGGAACUCCAGAGCAGGAAUUCAGUUUGUGCCCAGCUGAAUAAAGGUUCCUUGUACCAGGUGAUUCCAUGGUCCUGUGGGCCAGGAAAUCUUGCUCCCUUGUCAAGAUUACCUCUGUCAAACAUGCCCCUGAAAUGUGCCAGCAUCUGUUUCACAUACACACCCAUCCCCAUGCUUCGAUGCCACUCAGCUUGCUCUGGCCUUCUGCAGUGCUAAACAACAUGUUCUUCAGAUGUGGAGCUACUGCCCCAGAAGUGUAGAGGUGGGCAGAGGUUACCAGCUCUGCCAUGCUGUCCUGAGAUUUGAAUUGCUGAACAGGCUUGGGGUGUCCUGUUCCCUGCCAAGGGCUGGAGCAGCCAUGUGGCACCUGCCCUCCUCUUCGGGCUGCAGGUGCCUGUGCCUGUGCCAGGCUUCACCUGCAGUCACCGUGGAGGUGAUCCGUGUUACUCCUCACACUUGGCUGUGGCAGUCAAUCAAACCAUAGGUAUUUGCUGCUAAUCCAAGUAAAUGCUUCUGGCCAGGGCUGUCAGACACGCUAAUAAAGGACACUGGAUAUUAUUGUCUUUGCCAACAGAUUUGUAAAUACCAAUCAGUAAAGUAGCCUUUCCUCUGUUCUAAUAGUAAUAAAUACAAUCUCCAUGGUUGUCUCUUUUGUGAA